AUGGAUCACGUCGAGCCCGAUACAAGUCAUACACCUGCCUCCUCCAAUCUCCUCACUGCCGACGACGGGUCUGCAGUUCCCUCAGUUCUAAAGUCUGGCAAGACACAGACAAAGGAGCGCACGAUGCUUCCUGAAGUCGUUCCCGAGCCGUACCCUGCCAACGUCAUCAACAUCCAACAAGAACUGACCGACUUCAUGCAGCCAUUUCCAUUCCGGCCAGCUCUCCCAUCAACCCCGAUUACAAAGGUGAUCACAGCGGAAGAAUGGGACCGACGCAAUGCUCAUUGGCUAGAUAGACUGAUGGACGACGAGAGCACAAAGGAUGUGGUUGGGCCGAUCAUCGAGCGGGAAGUUACAGAAGAGAUUUUCCCGCUCAUCUCCAAGGCCAGAAGAAAUCUCCUCGAGCGAUGGGCAAAGUCGGAGAACUUUGACCUUGACUGGAGAUUUCUGGAGGCCCCUAUCCUCCUGGAGGUAGAGGUGACAGACGAGAUAAGCCAAGAGAUCUUCCAGGUGGAGGCAGAUGCAACCAGACGAGCGAUCCGUACUAUCGAGACCCUGGCUUUGGGCCUACCCAAGGAUAAACAGGAAGCAGCAAUACUGAUCAAGCAACAUACAGACAGACUAUUUGCUUAUCGAGAUAUCGAGAUGGACAACUACGCUCUCAUGAUGCAGAGCGUGGCCAAGCUGCGGGAAUCAUCAUCUGUCACUCGAGCAGAGGUCAACGACGCCUUUAUGGCUAACGAGACUCGACUUCGGUGUCGAGUCGAUCCUGCCCAGAUGGCACGAGAUGAAGGAGUGGAGGCGCUCGAGGCGGAUAUGGAACACGCUUUAAAGACCCCGACCGUAGACGGAUCAGCGGAACAGCUGGUCGUGUUUCUGAAGACUCAUUGGCGAAUGCGUGAUGACGAGAUCGCAGACUGGAAGCACAUGGCAAACUCAGUCUGCCAUGCGGAGAAGGAGGCAGGUCAUCCCAUCAACCAGACCGACCAAGAGGCCUGUAACAGUCACAACUGGAGUUUAAUUCUACGCCUGGCGAAUACCCGGGGCGGAAAGGCCCUUGUCACCCUCUUGAACAUGGAGCGUUGCGCUCCAGAUGAGGCCUUUCUGAGCCGACGAAACGAAUGGUAUAAAGCUACUCUGACCGAAGAAGAGUAUGAAAGCUGGAGCAAUAUGUUUCCCAUCGAUGAGAGACCCCAGUCUGGCGGAGAGCAGUUCUAG